CCCAUUGAACUAGUACAAACAGGAAACCUGCACUUUCUUCUGCAUUUUUCAUCCUCUCUCUUUCUCUCUCUCUUUCCUUUUUUACACAAACAAAAAGCAUCCUCUUUUCUCUCUCCUUCGCUCUUUUCCCCAUCCAACCUCCAUCGCUGGAAUAGUAAGCUACCUGCUACCAUUUUUGAUACCUCAGAGAGAGAGAGAGAGAGAGAGAUGGACUUUGAAGGGAACAUGUUCUGCUUGAGCAACGCUAACAGAGAGCAAAACGGUGGUGGAAAUAGUAAUAACAGUACCAACUUUUCUUGGGAUUUAUGGGAACCGCCUUCUUCUAACAAUUCUACCCUCAUCAACACUUUCUACGCCGCCGAUACGGCUCAGACCUCGGCGGCUGCCGCCCCCACUCGCCAUGAGGAGGCCAGCCUAGCAAACGCACUGAUGUUUCUUCCUCAGGCUAGUAGUAGUAGCACCGCGGCUGAUCGUGACCACGAUGGCGGCGGUGUUAACCACGGUGGUCAUCAGCGGCGGCAGCAACAGGAGGCGGCGCUGUAUUCCGGCGAUGGGUCGCGCUUGCAUCUGGACCCACAUCUCAUGUGCUUGAAGCUAGGGAAGAGGCAUUAUUUUGAGGACGCUAAUGCUCCUCUUGGCGGCGGCGGAGGAGGAGGCAGCGGCGGCGAGGGCUUUAAUUUGGCGGGAAAGAGAGGGAGGGGGUUCUAUGGAGGAGGCGGUGUGAAGAUGGGGACGGCGGCGACGGUGCCGAGGUGUCAGGUGGAGGGAUGCCACGUGGCGCUGUUGAAUGCGAAGGAAUACCACCGGAGGCACAAAGUUUGUGAGAUGCAUUCCAAGGCACCCAAGGUUGUCGUGUUAGGGUUGGAGCAGAGAUUUUGUCAACAGUGUAGCAGGUUUCAUGUGAUAACGGAGUUCGAUGAUUCCAAAAGGAGUUGCCGUAGGAGAUUGGCUGGCCACAAUGAACGAAGAAGAAAGAGCUUCCACGAUUCUGUUUCUAGGAAUCCCUCCUCUCAAGAAAAUAAGUUACUGGUUGGAGCGUUUCCAUACUUGUCAUCACCCCCACUUUCGUCAUCAGGGUGUGCUCUCUCUCUUCUGUCAUCGUCUAAGAGUGACCAUUCAUGGCUUUCUCCGGCUGAUCUCUCGGCGAGAUGCAGCGCCGCGCUCCGAGAACUCAUAGCCGAGAACCGAGCAGCCGUCAUGGCUAAACAAAUCAUUUUGGAAAGAGACUGGCUUCCACACCACCACCACCACCAAGAAGGUGAUGAUGAUGAUGAUGACCAUAAUAAGGAUGAUAUCCAACUUCAAUCCAAUUUUAAUUUCUCUCAACAUCAACAUAUGUUUCCCUAAAAUUCUUCACUAAACUCUGUCCCAAAAAAAAAAAAAGAUGAUAAAGAGAUGUAUAUUUAAGCAUGUUCUAACACCAUUCAAUGAGAGACCUAUAUGGAUUUGGAUUUAUUCUUUCUUUUUUUCUCCUCAUUUCUUGUCAACUUUGAAGAGAGAGAAACAAUCACUCAUUUGUAUGGCUCUCACAUGAGUUAGAGAGUCCACAUAUAUUCUAGUUUCUCUUUUUGGGAUUGACAAGAAAUGAAAAGAAAAAGAAGGGAAAAAUUAAGUGUUCAAAUUUGACCAGUGUUGACAUGUUUAAUUAUAUAUAUAUAUAUAUAGAUAUAUGUAUGUAUGUUAUUUUUUUGGGGGCUGUAUGAUAUCUUGUAUAACAGAUUGAAAAUAAAGGUGUAUAGAUGAGCUCAAAAUUAAAUUUGGCGUUGAAAGAUUAUUUUAAUUUCUAUCAAAGGGAAACAAAACUAGAAGGAAUGAGGAUUAAGAGCUCCUUGACGUUUAAAAUUUUUCUCUUUUGCUUGGUUGAAGCCAAGUUAGGGGGUGAUGAGGAUGUUUCAAUCUAACUGUGAUUCACAUGUGUAUUCAAUGACUUUGUGAAAAUAUACGUAAUAAUAUGAAUAAUUUAAUUUUCAAUUUUAAUUAUUUUAUUAAAUGCUAAUUUUAGAAACGACUGGAAUUUGAGUAUGA